CGCAUUGCACUCCCUCUCGUGACUGCGUUCCUCUUCUGGGCUGCAUUCAAGUUGCAGCCCCAAAGAUCACAAACCAAAGUCAUUCAUGAUGAAAGUCUGACUCUCAUCUUGCACAUGUACUCGAAGGAUUUCAAAUACCGUCCAGCAGCGAGUCCUGUAAUCACGAAGCGACUCAAAGAUGGUGUAGUCCGCCUUCACGAAGCA